AACACCACCUUGAUUCCCCGACCGUCGGCCAGCCCUGACGAUCCGCUCAACUGGUCGUGGAUGAAGAAGCACGCCGUCCUGCUGGCGCUCAUCCCGGGGUGCCUACUGAGCGAUUGGACACUGACGUGGGGCACGACGGUGUUUGAGAUGCAGGCGCCCGAGUGGGGCAUGACCGUCGAGGCUGUCGCACAGUCUGUCAGCCCGGGUAUCUUCAUGCAGGGGCCCGGCGGGCUGCUUGCGGUGCCGCUGAGUGAGCGAUAUGGCAGACUCCCUGUCCUGUUUUACACCCAACUCCUCACGCUCGCCGCAACCCUCGGCGCGACCCUCGCCCCGACCUACCCGGUCUUCACGCUCUUCCGCGCCCUGCAGGGCCUCUUCGGCGCCGCGCCGCAGGUCAUCGGCCUCAGCGUCGUGCACGACCUCUUCUUCUUCCACGAGCGCGCCCGCAAGGUCAACCUCUGGGCCGCCUCCUUCCUCGUCGGCCCCUACCUCGGCCCGCUGCUGUCCAGCCUGCUGGUCCUGCGGCUCGGGUGGCGGGCCGACUUUGGCGUGCUCGUCGGGUUGUAUGCGCUCAGCGUGCUUGUGGUCGCGCUGCUGGGGGAUGAGACGCUUUUUGUGAGGGGUCCGGGGGCUGGGGGCGGUGAAGAUGGUAAAGGGGAGGGGAGGGGCUGGCUGAGGAAGCGGGUGGAGAGGUUGCUUGGGAUUGAGGGGUGGAGGAAGGCGGCGGCGGGCCGGCCGGGGCUGUGGGAGGUGUUCCGCCACCAGUGCGCGCUGCUCGCCCGGCCGUACGUGCUGCUGCCCACGGCGCUGUUUGUCAUGCCCAUCACCAUGUGGACCAUCGGUGUUGUCUCGACCAUCUCACAGUUUGUGCUGCCGCCGGUGGCGGCGGGCGGGUACGGGUUCAGUCUGGUCGGGCUGGCGAUGCUGUACUGGGCGCCCAUCGUCGGGACGCUGGCUGCUGAGGCGUGGGGCCACUGGUUCAACGAUUUCCUCGCGAAGCGGCACAUGGCGCGGUACGGGUUCGAGUGCCGGCUGACGGCGGCGUAUCCGGCAGUGGUGAUCGGCGCGGCGGGGCUGGUGCUUUUUGGGCAGACGCUGGAGCACCAGCUGAGCUGGGCUGGGCUGGCGGUCGGUUGGGCUAUGCUGUGCUUCUGCACGCUGGCGAACAUGACGGCCGUGUCGGCGUACCUGCUCGACUGUCUGCCGCGUCACGCCGCGCUGACAGGGGCCUGGCUCAACUUCGGGCGGGUGGUUGGUGGCUUCAGCGUGGCCUACUUCCAGAUGCCGUGGGUUCAUCGCAACGGACCGGCCCUGGCCUUUGGCUGCCAGGCGGUUGUGAUAGUGGGCGCGAGCUUGCUGAUUAUGGUUACUCAAGCCUGGGGGCGGAAGUGGAGAGUCAAG